GGGCGGGUCCCAGGCAGCCACCGCCCCCGUCUCCGGUCGGCCUGGGCCCGGCGCAGGCGGCUCGGGACUAGCGGUGGGCAGGGAGAGCGCUGUGCGCGCCAUGGCGCUGGGCUCGGCCUGGAAGCAGAUGUCGUGGCUGUACUACCAGUACCUGCUGGUCACCGCGCUCUACAUGCUGGAGCCUUGGGAGCGCACCGUCUUCAAUUCAAUGCUAGUUUCCAUUGUUGGAAUGGCACUGUACACGGGCUAUGUGUUCAUGCCUCAGCACAUCAUGGCAAUAUUGCACUACUUUGAAAUUGUGCAGUGAUGAAGAAUGUAUGUUCAGGAAGUAGUCGUGCUCUGAAAUCUGGUCCACAAAGAAGAAUUAACCUCUUAGUUUUAACAAGACUUCUACCGAUGUCCAAAAGGAAAGACACAGUGAUGAUUCUGAAGACCAGGAAACAAGAUGUGUAGAGCAGGGACACGAGAUGUCCCCUGGGUUGUGUUAAUUCCUUUUGAUUUUACAAGAUAUGCCCUUGUAUAGUAGUUUUGUCUACCUUAACAUUGUGAUUGUACUUUGAUAUCAGUAUUUUCUUAACUUUGUGACAGUUUCGAUAUUGCACUGUGAAAGCUUUUCUUAAUUGUAAUUUUGAGUAAAUCUUAAUUGCCUUCUAUUUUUAAUCAGAAAAUCAUCUAAUUAAAUGGGGCUUAAAGCUUUUGCUAUUGUAUGGUAUGUAUUUGCCUGGGUAUUUCUAUCAAUGCAUUUUUGUAAGAAAAUACAUCUAGAUUAAUAUUAGAGACAUGGAUAUAUUCGUCUGACACUAUUUACACAAAUUAGUUUGUACGACUGAACUCAGGUGUACUGUUUUCUUGUCCAAAACUUGUUCAACAGUAUAUUUGUGCGUAUCACCUGAAUUUGGAAUUAGCAAUUAUUUUGAGUUUCUGUGCUCCAUGUGUUGGAGGAGAGUGAGAGAGAAAACAUUGAAACAAUGAAGGCUGCAUUCUUUAUGUUUGGAGAAGUACUGUGGUUCUGGUCUUUUCAUAGUGGGAACAAAAGCACUUUGCUGACAUAGGCCCACAUAAAGCUUUGGGAUAGUACUUUAAAUCAACACUUUUUCUAACAACCAAUUAAAUUGUACUUUUACAUAAUGCUUUGUUAUGUUCCAGUGGUGAUGGUUUUCUGCUAAUUUUCACUCAACAAUGUAACAGCCUAUGUUUUAAAAGAGUUUUCUAUCGCUGCUAGCGUUCCAAAUGUGUUCUCUCUACAAGUGACCAAAACGUAGAGUUUUAAAUGGACUUGAGUUACAACUACAGCAAUAAGUAGCUGAAAACUUGACUGAAGUCCUGUCUUUUUUUUAUUAUUUUUUUUUUAAUAGGGAUUUUUUUCAGUUUUGUAUACUGAAAUGUAAGAUGGUGACAACCUAACUUUCUUAAGUGUUUUUUUUUUUUGUUGAAAAAAUAAAACUUUAAAAGCAGAGCUUUGCUGCAAAACUUUCUUUGAGAAGUUAGCGUGUUUCUGAAUGUUGCUUAUUUUUCUCAGACCAAUUAAAAACAAUGAAGACUAGUACUUGACCAAAGAGUUGGGAUUUAGUGGCCCAGUAAUGACAUGUACUGUUGUAUCUUUUAUGCAGCUUCUUUUAUAAUGAGGAAUUUUACCUGAGUUGUAGAACUAAACUGUUCUAUAAAUACAGCGUCUUUUAGGUUUAUAUGGUAUUCUCAAAUGCACAGAAAUGGAACAAAAAAACCCUUUUUUCAUUUAAGUAUUUUAUUAAUCUCUGAUGGAAACUCUGUCAUCGUCUUGGAGCUGUAAACAGUGAGCCUUCUUAGGUGGACCAUAGCUUUACUGCCUUUGGUAGAGGUCUCUCACUAAAUUAGCACCUUGCUUAGGGUGGAAUUUCUUGUGAAUAAUUAAUUAAACUUCUAAUUGCCGUCUUUCACUUAUCCCAUGUCUGCAUGAGUGGCCCAAGCAGUGGUGUUACUGAUUUGGUAAGGCUAGAGACAAGAGGCAUGUAAUCCUUUCUUUGCUUAUUUAAAGUUGGUGGUGCAAACAUAGGCAGUUUUAUUUUUUAAGUACGUCCACACAUGUGCAUAAGUAUUUUAAAUAUAAAAAUGGAGAUAAUGAUUAGUUAACAUUUUCUUUCUGAAGUAACAAAUUCAUGCUGCCCAUGGGUUAAAUUGGUCCUGUGAUGUUUCUUUGUGAACUACCAUUGUGUUUGAGACAAAUUACUGCUGAGGGAGGGUUUUAGUUGUAUGAGGGGGAGGGAUGACUACAGAAAAAAAAGCUCUGUGCUAUAGCAUUAUGAAUGUUAAAAAUGAUUUUUAAUUGUGAAAGGUUUUAUAAAAGGGCUUAGAUGUACUGACUUUUAUUAGCUGUCUGCUUUUUGUUGAGAAAAAGGGUAACCACAACCUCUAAACACUUGUAUUAUGUUAGAGUGGGCUUGAUUGAUAACAUACUUGGAUUCAAUUUGCUAAUUUGAAUAAUCUUUUUUAGCAGUAUUUUUUAAUUAUAAAUUAAGAAUUUCUUAGAA